GCAACCCGGACGAUGCCCCGGAUGCAGCAGGCAGUAUGGCGGACGCGGAGAGCGACAUGGAAACCUACGGGCUUGAAUUAGCCUUGGAGGCUCUGCGCGGCCGUUAUUGCGGCGAUGGGUCGCGACCGAAAAGCGACGACUAUUGUCGGGAGUUUUGCAAGGUGGUGGAAGAGUACACGGGCCAGUGGCAAGUUCCUCUCCCUCAGCUCAAAGUGCUGCGGACCGCACUCUGCAGUUUCACAAAAGCCACCGCCAAGUUCCCUGACGACUGCCAACACAUCCACAACAUCCUCAGCCGUAUGGCCUUGAGUUUCUUUGAACUGAUGCUGUUUUUUAGCAAGGAGGAAUUUGGGGAAGAACCUUUAAAAUUCAUCUUCGAAUCCUAUCAGGCGUGCCACGUGGAGCUUUUAAGGCACAGGAACGUACAUCUUCAGCAUCUAAAGCAGAUCAUGAAAGCAGGCGGCCCCUGGGAGAAUGAAACGCUGCAAGGAAUCUUGAAGCAAAAAGAUUUGCCUGCAAAAGAGGUUGAGGAAUACUUCAGCUCGGAGUUGCCCGCUUUCUUGGAGCUGCGCGUUCGCUACCUGCAAGCUUGUGAAAGAAUCCAAGAAGCGUUGGCUCUGUCCAAAGUCUGUCUGGAGAAGCAGAGGACCGGAGGACAUCUGUACUUCCGUCAGGCGUACUUAACCUGCCUCUACAAGGCACAGCUGCAUGAACACCUUCACAAGGAGAUGGCAAAGCUCGAUGGCCGCGAUGCCGUGGAGAUCAUCUGCAACACGGAGCGAGUUGAAAAAGAGGAGCUCCUUCUGUCGCUAUGCAAAGCCUUCCUUGCCCAGCAGUUACAUGGCGGAGACAUGUACUACACGUGGGACUUGGUGUUCAUCUGGAGCAGGUUGCAUCUGCGUGCUCACCCGUCAACACAAGACUUCCUGGCUGAGUGCUGGCAACUGGCUUCUUGUGCCACCAACGCCCGGGCCCUUUUCCCAUUCAUCAAAGUGAUUACCAGUGAGGUGGGGGUCGACGGCGUGGAAGUGUGUGUGGAGCUCUGUGGCCGAGCCUUGCAGCUGUGUGACAUGCACACUGACGCCGUCGCUCAGUCGCUGGUCUUCAAGACCAUCGCCUUCCUGCUGCCCAGUGACCUGGAGAUCUGUCGAGCAUGCGCCCUGCUGGUCUUCUGUCUGCAGCCCAGCCUGGAGACCUACCGAACUGUGGGCCUGCUCUACAUGCACCCUGACCAGGAGUCACAUCCACACAGCAGUCGUGUCCGAACCAACGUCCGCUUCAAAAUUCUGCAGAUGCUCAAAGAACGUUUGUGUUUCGACCCCGAGUUUUGGAACAUCCUGACACUCAGGAGUCGUUGCUUGGAGUUGAUCGGUGACAAAGUGACCCAAGAUGCCGUUCUCAACGAGACUGAGGAGGAAAAGGACUAUUGUGAUGAUGAGCUGCUGACGAGAACUGUCACAGAUGAUUCUAACACUAAAGAUUUAGGUCCCUGCGAGUGCACUGGCACUCCAGCGGAGAACCAGGACCCUCCACAUGAACCUAUUUCUGAGAGCAAGAUUGUAAGCCCAUUGAGUCACGCGCCUGUCAGGAAGAGAAAACUGCAGAAGAGAAUCCAACUCUACGACGAUCAAGUAGACGAAGAGAACGAUCCCGAGUUCAAAUACAACCUCAAACCUUCCUCUGGGUCUGAAAAGGCCGUCUACGCACUGAGACACAAUCACACCCGGAGGGAAAACUCUGACGACACGCUCCCUCUUAACCGGGAAAACUUGUCCCGCUGUGUGAAAAGCCAGAUCUUGACGAGGAAGGGCAGGAGGAGGAGAUGGCUGCAGGGUCUUCCCACGCUGGAGAAGGCACCGAACGUUCAGCAGAAGUUGGUGGUGGUGAAAGGGAAAAAGCGGGGCAGGAAGCCUUUGUACAGAUGGGAAGUCUCCUACCCCGAUAAUGAGUUACCCCUUCCCAGGGAGGAGUGUGGGCCGGACCCCGCAGAGGAGGAGAUGCCUCACCUGGAGAACGAGGUGGAACUGGAGCGUGCACACUUGGAGAAGCGAGGCCAAGAUUGUGAUGUUCGUGACGCCCUCGCCGUCCAAGGGGAGCCAGAGCUCGACGGACCUCCGUUGGACGUGGCCAACUUCCCAGUGGAAGUGCGCCACAGUUACCAUCUUCAGUCCACACACCCUGACAACGACACGGGACAGCCCGCGGAAGCACCCGCGCUCGGACCAGGAAAGUCACAACUCGCCAAGAAGUCCAAGCCAGCGGCGAAAAGAGGCCUCACGUGGAAGGAGAAGGUUGAGCGAGGUCAAAAAUAUGCGCACAUCAAGUACCACUGUGGCGCCUGUAAGAAAAUCUACAAAGGCUUGAACGUUUGCAGACAUGCUGUUGCUCACCUGAAGACCAGCAGCAUCUGCAUCCUGUGUGAGAAGCUCUUCCAGCACCACCAAGUGGCCAAGAAGCACAUCUGGGAUCACAUCCAGGAAAUGAGCAAGAACAACAAUAACGACAGCCAGGAAGCCCCAACCACCAAUGGGAUGGCCAAGAAGCUGCCUGAAAAGCUGCCUGAAAAGCUGCCUGAAAAGCUACCUGAAAAGUUGCCUGAAAAGCUACCUGAAAAGCUGCCUGAAAAGCCACCCAAAAAGCCGCCCAAAAAUCCGCCUAAAGUUUCGAAGAAGGAAAUUCAGAGAUUAGCGAAAGUGGAAAAUGCCAGCCUCGGUCGGGAGGCUCGAAUCAUCCGCAACUUCCGCUCGCUCAUGAAGAAGUUGAAGAAAGGCGACGCCAACGUGGCGACGCUGCUAAACUUCACAGACGAGCAGGUCGUCAUCAAAGACAGCCUGGUGGUGGUCUCAAGUGCACACGGGACCACGAAGGAGGAGGGACCGCAUGGACAGGACAAGUCGGCAGGAGAAAACGGCUACGGUGUGGACCUCAGGUGUGUCCUGUGUCCCUCUCUGUCCUGUGAUCGAGUCUUCGUUAAAGUCACCUCCGCGGUGAUCAGGCAUGCCAUCAGAUGUCACCUCCACGAGGACCAGGUGCUGGACAAGGUCUUCCUUUGGGCCAAGCACAAGUGCGCCUUCUGUCCCAGGAAACUGGGGAUCCUGCAGCACUACAAAGACCACAUGAGGCGCCACGAUCCUUCCCUGCCGCACUUCUGCUACCACUCGCACUGUGACGCACGCUUCCUCACGCCGCAGCAGCUGAAGGAGCACGUCAGUACCCACAAUCCCUUUCUGCCCCAGUGCGUCUUCGCCAACUGCGACAAGCAGUUCUUCACCUUGCCCAGUCUCCUGGACCACGAGUGGAGGCACUACGUUCCGGUGCCCGACGUGGACUCCAACGCCAACCGACUGCUGAGGGAGAGCAUCACGGCUCCUUGGAAGCAGAAGGUGAGGGUGGAGGAACUCUGGCUGCACAAACCGGCGCCGAGGGACACCCUCAGGGGGGACCGCGCGGGUGGCGGGUCUGACCUCGGACCUGCGGGGGAACCCAGCAGAGUUGGCCAGGAGGCUUGUCCGAAGGCCACGCAGAACAGGCCUGUCAACGGCUGUGAGGACACUGGACCGGAAGACUGGGUCGCCUCGCCCCCGAGCACUCACGCGGCGCCUGCCAAAAAGUCCCCGACCGCCAAUCCCGUUUUGGACCCCUUGAACGCCAAGAAGCCGGAGAGGCGGACUCUGUUGGACGAGGCGGUCCAACUCGACGUCCUGGAGCCGCUCAUCAUCAAGACCUUCGGACCCCGGGAGGACUCGUGCUCGCCGUCCAGGAAAAAACCUUUCAUGCGCCCGCCGCCCUGCAGCUACAUGGACGAGUCUCUGCUGGUCAUGCGCAGGAGGAGAGACACGUACCACUCGGCUCCGGUUGAGAGCUCCUGGUGCACCAAAUCUAGGUCCAACCAGCCCCACUCACAGGGCCAGGGCACGCCUAAAGAGCGGGUUAGACAUCGAUGCAUCAGGUGCUUGUCCUCCUUCAGCAGCCUGGAAGACUUGGACAAACACAAGAGUCUCAACACCUGCUCCGCGCUCUUUGGAUUCGACUCGGAUGAGGAAAGUUAGUCCGCCGCCUUAUUGAUAUCUCAGUCUGCUUAUUGAUAUCUCACUCUGCUUAUGGAUCAACGAUCCACCUUUCGUUGCCGACGACUAUCAAUAAUAAUUCUAAUAAUCAUGUCCUUAGGAGUGUCUUCCAAGUCAAACUUUGACCUAACCAUUAAUAUUUAAAAUCAUGUAUUUGUGCUUCACAGCUUCCACAUUAAAUUACUUUAAAUAAAUGUUUAUUCCAGCAAUCGCCAAAAUGUAUGAAAAUGUCUCAUACUGUACAUGAUUUACUUCUUGCCUCCACAGUAUUUCACUGGAGUUAAUAAGUAGUUUGAUUUGAACGCAGAAGAAAAGUCUUUUUGCUUGAUUGUGAACAAAUCUAAUUAAUAAUUUAUGAUUAUUUUUGUAGAGAACUGUCUAUAUGUACAAACGAAAAGUGAUUUUUUUUUUUAUAUAGAUAUAUGGUUCAUAACGCCAAACUAUUUUUGUUACACAGAGUGUACGUUUCAAUAAAACAAUGAAACAAUCAGU